CCGGGAUCAAAAUGCACGGAAAGCGCUGAACGUAUUGGGCGGGUGGCCUCAAAUCACAGCUGCUCUCCUGAGAAGGGUCACGUACUAGCCCCAUUUUACGGAUGAGGAAGCUGCCACCAUGGCGCAGACCCUGCAGAUGGAGAUCCCGAACUUUGGCAACAGCAUCCUGGAGUGCCUCAACGAGCAGCGGCUGCAGGGCCUGUAUUGUGACGUGUCCGUGGUGGUCAAGGGCCACGCCUUCAAGGCCCACCGGGCCGUGCUGGCCGCCAGCAGCUCUUACUUCCGGGACCUGUUCAACAGCAGCCGCAGUGCUGUAGUGGAGCUGCCCGCGGCCGUGCAGCCGCAGUCCUUCCAGCAGAUCCUCAGCUUCUGCUACACGGGCCGGCUGAGCAUGAACGUGGGCGACCAGUUCCUGCUCAUGUACACGGCCGGCUUCCUGCAGAUCCAGGAGAUCAUGGAGAAGGGCACCGAGUUCUUCCUCAAGGUGAGCUCGCCCAGCUGCGACUCCCAAGGCCUGCACGCCGAGGAGGCCCCGUCGUCCGAGCCCCAGAGCCCCGUGGCGCAGACGUCAAGCUGGCCGGCCUGCGGCACCCCGCUGCCCCUGCUGUCGCGAGUCAAGACAGAGCAGCAGGAGUCGGACUCCGUUCAGUGCAUGCCCGUAGCCAAGCGGCUGUGGGACAGCGGCCAGAAGGAGGCCGGGGGUGGCAGUGGUGGCGGCAGUGGCAAUGGCAGCCGCAAAAUGGCCAAGUUCUCCACACCAGACCUGGCCGCUAACCGGCCCCCCCAGCAGGCCCCGGUGGUGGCGGCAGCACAGCCUGCUGGGGUGGCCAUGGCAGGGGCCGCUGGGGCCGGGGCCGGGGCCGGGCAGCCAGCUGGGGGCACGGUGGCCGCAGGGGGCGUGGCAAGUGGGCCCAGCACCUCGGAGCGAACCAGCCCGGGCACCUCGAGCGCCUACACGAGCGACAGCCCCGGCUCCUACCACAACGAGGAGGACGAGGAGGAGGACGCAGGGGACGAGGGCACGGACGAGCAGUACCGGCAGAUCUGCAACAUGUACACCAUGUACAGUAUGAUGAACGUCGGCCAGACCGCCGAGAAGGUGGAGGCCCUCCCCGAACAGGUGGCCCCCGAGUCCCGGAACCGCAUCCGGGUGCGGCAGGAUCUGGCGUCUCUGCCGGCCGAGCUCAUCAACCAGAUCGGCAACCGCUGCCACCCCAAGCUCUACGACGAGGGCGACCCCUCCGAGAAGCUGGAGCUGGUGACAGGCACCAACGUGUACAUCACGAGGGCGCAGCUCAUGAACUGCCACGUCAGCGCGGGCACGCGGCACAAGGUCCUGCUGCGGCGCCUCCUGGCCUCCUUCUUUGACCGGAACACGCUGGCCAACAGCUGUGGUACUGGCAUCCGCUCUUCCACGAACGACCCCAGACGCAAACCGCUGGAUAGUCGCGUGCUCCACGCUGUCAAGUACUACUGCCAGAGCUUUGCCCCCAACUUCAAGGAGAGCGAGAUGAACGCCAUCGCGGCUGACAUGUGCACCAACGCCCGCCGCGUCGUGCGGAAGAGCUGGAUGCCCAAGCUCAAGCUGCUCACCGCCGAGGGCGACGCCUAUACCACCUUCAUCAGCGACACGGGCAAGAUAGAGCCAGACAUGAUGGGCGUGGAGCACGGCUUCGAGGCGGCCAGCCAUGACAGCGAGGCGGGCCCGUCGGCCGAGGGCCUGCCGUAACCCCGCCGGGCCCUCCCAAGGGGCCUCACACUCCCCCUCCCGUCACACCCGCCCGCCGUCUUGGUCACGAGCUACUGUCUGUCCCUCCCCAGGACCCACGGCGGGGCGCUGCAUGCUCCCGGCCCCUCUGCCCUGUCCCACCCCCUGACCUCCAUCCGAGCGGGCUGGGCGAGGACGGCCAUGGGCGAGCUGGGCGUGGCCUUCUCUUGCACACACUGGUGUGCGGUCGGGAGGUGUUCCCCCCUCCUGAACCCUAGCAAUCGGCUCCCCAUUCCCCCGGCCAGGACCCCCCAGGCCCUGGGCCGCGCACGGAAGCAUUCCUCAGGCUCCGCCCCUCGUGCGGCCCCUGGGACUCGCAGGGGCCCUGGGGUUCUCAGGACCCCCCCCCCGCCACCACCUCCCAGUGCUUCCACGUUUCCAAAAGCGCCUUCCUGUCCCUGCACCUGUGCCCGUGCCGGGGCGGCUGCGAGGGCCGCGGGGGACUGCCCUUGCACAGCGGGAGACGGGUGCAGAAACUCCACGCCUCCCCUGCGGUCCCUUCUCCCUCCCGUCCGAGCGCUGCCUCUGGGGCCUGAGAGGGGCAGUCCCGAGUGAGGGGGCCCUUGGGGGCAGACUGGGGGUCUCUGAGGACAGAACGAGGGGCUUCCGGGGGUGGCAGAAGCGUGUGCGUAUGUGUGCGCGCGUGCAUGUGUAGAAGUUUUGCUUUUAAACAAAUGAAGAUCGAGGAGGCAGCAGGACCAGGGUUGGAACCAGGGGAGCCGGCUGGGGGGGGGCUGCUGUCCCCCCUCCCUUCCCCGCCCCGCCCCACGGCAGGGCUCCCAGCCCCCACCCCCUGUACAUACUUUUUAAAACAUUUUUUUAGCUAAUGAAAUAUUGAAGUAUAAGAUUUCUUUUAUUUUUCAAACCAGCAGGACUGUGUCUGCUGUCCCCUCCGGUCCCUGGGGCCGUGGAAGGCAGUACAGGGCAGGGGACCGGGGGCAGGCUGCAAGUGUGCAUGUGUGUGGAGUGUGGGUGCACGUCCCGAGGGGGCUCAGGCCCAGCUACCACCUCCCCCCGCUGCUCCCCCCAGGGCUGCCUUGAAGGGUGUCCCAGGCCUGGGCGCAUUGGCUGAGCCCAGCUCUGGGGACGGGGCAGGCCUGCUUCCAUCGUUCACAGCUGUCCGCAGAAUCUUCUCUAAGCAUUCCUCUCUCCUCGCUCAGGCGAGUGGUUUUGUUCUGAGUUGGACUUGUGAACUCGGAGGGUUCUUUUUAGUCCCCGUCCCCACACUGGGUGUCACUUCACAUGUUGUGUUUCUGUCUUGAGCCCUGUCCUCACUGCCUCUCGUCUGCUCCUGGCCCCUCUCCAGAGGCAGGGGGAUCCCGCCCCGACUGGUCCCCUACAACCUGGCCGGGAGGCCCCGACCAGCAGCCCCGCCAGCCUGCGGGGGGCCCUCCUGGCGUCUGCUUGUGGCGGGGCGGGGCUGGGGGGGUCCUGGCACUCCGCUAGUCUCCCUCACCGGCGCCUUUCACCCCUGGCAGCCACGUGUGGGGGGUCGACACCCCAGCUAAAGCACAAGCACCUUAGUCACGCCCUUCCUGCCCCCACGUCCUGGUCUCCACACCCUACCCCAGCAUCGAUCCCAAAGCACAAUAUCCUGGUCACUUGGUAAGCCACCCAAGGCCAAGGGGCGGGCUGGGGCCCCGCUAGACCCCAAAAGGAGGCAGGAGUCCCCAGGCGCUGCCCAUCCUUCCAGGCCUUAGCAGGGGCCACUCUGGGACUGGGGUCUUGUCCCUCCCCUCCCCCUUGUCCUGGGCAGGCCCCUGCCCAGCCCUCCCUGCCUUGUCCUGGGGGGCAGCUUGCCCUGUCCCCCUCUCCCCUCUUCCAAGCCCCUGCAGCACUGGGCUGGGUGGCAGAGCCCCCUCAUUUCAGGGACCCCAGGAGGUGCCCCUGGCUCCGGGACUGUGUGUGGGUCUGGGUGGGUGGGGGGUGGGGAGAGGGGCCAGGCGGGGGUGCAGGGGAGGAAACUCCUCACCAGGAGAGCCAAAGACAGGGUUGUGCCUUACCCCGGGAGCCACCCCGUGCCCCUCCCACCCUGCCCCUCCCGGGCGCCCUGCUGCUUUCCCUCUGCCUGCCCUGCCCUGCUCUGAGCUGCAUGGUCCCCCACCCCGGGCAGCCAGGAAGGAGCACGAAUGGAGAAUCACUGACCGACGCAGAAAGACUGUGGGGUCCGUCUCCCAGGCCGCCCGCCCACCCGCACCUCUGCCAUGCAGGACAGACUGUGCCCUGUCCGCGUGGAGUGCCAACGCCCUCCCCCUGGCCGAGCCCCUCCCUGGGCCCGAACGUGAGAUUGCACAUUAACUACUGUACGGAGAAGAGCCGCACUGGGAAAUGUGAACCCGAGCGUCAGUGAUGCUGACAGGAGAAUAAAUGGACGCCUUUGUAACA